GCUCAGCAACAGGCUCAGCAACAGGCUCAGCAACAGGCUCAGCAACAGGCUCAGCAACAGCAACAGGCUCAGCGACAGCAACAGGCUGCAACUGGUUCCAGCGGACAACAGCAGCAGCAUCUGGGUAUCAGCAUGCAAACGCAGCUCGAAGCAUUGCAAGCUUUUGCGAGGCAGCAACAGCAACAGCAACAGCAACAACAACAACAACAGCAGGCGCAAGCACAAGCACAAACACAAGCACAAGCACAUGUACAGGCACAAGCAUUGCAGCAGCAAAUGCAAGUGCAACCUAGCGCAUCGCCGGGCCCAAGGCCGAUUGGUGGCGCUAUGGCUACAGUUCUUCAACACCAGCAGCAGCAGCGGAGCCAAUCUCCAGCUCAUCAGCAUUCUGCCAAUCCUCAGCAGCUGUUACACGGACAGGCUGGAGCGCGGCCACCAAGUCAGCAACAAGGACAACAACAGUCGCAAGGACCGCCAUCACAAGCGGGAAGCCCGCAACAAGUAUCGCAAUCUGCUUCGGGUCCGAGCUCUGCAUCGUCUAGUUCAGGGCCCGCACAGCAGUUUGCACAAGCCGUGCGCGACUUUUACUUGCGCGAGCGCGGUAUUCAGCUGCCUACGACCAAGCCUGACCCACUGCAAUUCCUCGCGCCUGCGUGGAGCGCGAUGGGCGCGCAGAAGGUCGGCGAGCCCAAGAUUGUUGAGGCCCAGAAUGCUUUUGUUCUCGUCAUCAGCCUCGGAGGAUUUGCGCGCGUCACGCACGUCCAGAGCGGGUGGACCGUCGUCGCUUUUCGCCUCGGCCUGCUAGUCUCGCCGCUCGUGCAUGACAUGGCCAACUAUAUCCCGCAACCCGGACCGUACGGCCCGAUGCCGUCACCGAACGAGACGCCGGACAAGCUGAAAAUGUGGUAUGCCGAGCACAUUCGGCCGUUUGAGGAGAACUGGAUUAGCAAGGGCGGCCAGUUUUCAACAGGCGGCGCAGGCACAGCAGGCAGCGUUCACAUCGGCCAAUGA